AUGUCUGAUUUGGAAAAAAAAUCAGAUAUUGUUACUGUGCAAGACAUCUCUGUUGACACAAGCUCCACAGAUGAAGGCAAUUUUCCAAGAUUUUCAAACUUCAGAUCUGUGGCUUCACACACAGAUGCUGGAAAAGUAAACUAUAUAAAUACUACCGCUGCGACGUCUGAUAAUCAGUUGUUAGCUGAAAUUGGUUAUAAACAAGAAUUAAGAAGACAAUUCACACCAAUUCAAGUCUUUGGUGUUGCAUUCUCUAUUAUGGGCUUAUUACCCUCAAUUGCUUCUGUUAUGGCAGGUGGUUUAGCAGGUGGCCCUGUGACUUUAAUUUGGGGUUGGUUUAUUGCAGGUGGGUUUAUCCUUACUGUUGGGAUAAACAUGGCAGAAAAUGCCAGUUCUAUUCCCACAGCAGGUGGAUUAUAUUAUUGGACACAUUAUUAUGCUCCAACUGGGUAUAAGGAAGUUAUCUCGUUCGUCAUUGGAUAUUCAAAUACUCUAGCCUUAGUCGCUGCUGUUUGUUCAAUUGAUUACGGUUUUGCUGAAGAAAUCCUUGCGGCUGUAGUUUUAUCAAAGAAUGGCAAUUUUAAAGUCACUACCGGCAUGACAUAUGGUGUGUUUGCUGCUGCUGUUGUUGCAAUGGGAUUUUGUGCAUGUUUGGCCUCUAAAACUGUGGGUCGGUUACAGACAUUAAGUAUCUUUGCUAAUUGUUUUAUUAUUCUUUUAUUUUUCAUCACUUUACCUAUUGGAACAAAGAAGAAUGUGGGCCAUUUCAACAAUGGAAAAUUUAUAUUUGGUAAAUUUGAAAACUUUAGUGACUGGAAUAAUGGUUGGCAAUUUUGUAUUGCAGGGUUAAUGCCUGCUGUGUGGACAAUUAGUGCUUUUGACUCCUGUGUGUAUACAUCGGAAGAAGCUCAAAAUGCAAGGAAAUCAGUUCCAAUGGGAAUAGUAAGCUCCAUAACAUUAUGUUGGAUUGUUGGCUUUUGUAUUCUUAUCUGCUCGACUGCGUGUAUGUCUACCGACGUAAACCGCGUUAUUAACAAUCCAUAUGGAUUUGCAAUGGCACAAAUAAUCUACGAUUCUUUAGGCAGACAAUGGGCCAUUGCAUUUAUGUCUUUAAUGGCAUUUUGUCAAUUCCUGAUGGGUGCAUCGAUUGUUACAUCAACAUCAAGGCAGGUAUAUGCGUUUUCUCGUGACAAUGGUUUGCCGUUCUCCAAUAUAUGGAAAAAAGUUGGAAAGAAAUACCCAGUACCUUUCAAUGCUGUUAUAUUUACAUGUUUUAUAUCUCUAGUACUUGGUUUGCUGUGCUUAAUUGGUGACGCAUCUGCAUCAGCUUUGUUCAGUCUUAAUGUUGCAGGUAAUAAUUUAGCCUGGGGUACACCCACUUUUAUGAGAAUAACAUGGGGAAAACAAUUAUUUAGACCAGGUCCCUUUUACUUAGGCAGAUUUUGGUCUCCAGUAAUAGGUUGGACUGCAGUAACAUACCAAGUAUUUCUGGUUUUAAUAGUAAUGUUUCCAACCAAUCAGCAUGAUGUGACUAAGUCAACAAUGAAUUAUACAUGUGUGGUAGCUGGCAGUGUUUGGUUUCUAUCAUGGCUUUAUUAUGUCAUUUACAAAAAGAAAUUUUACCGUGGGCCACAAACAAAUUUAACUGAUGAACAAUAUAGGGAAGUUGUUGGACACGAUUUAAUUGACGAAAUAAUGUCCAAGAGAAAGGUCUAA